GACAGAUAGCGACUAACCUUAAAUGGCUUCUCUUCCUUGUAACAUAUCUGUCACCUAACCUUUACGUUCGUUCAUUAUAUACAUAUGUUAUUUUGUUAAGUGAUAAAUUAACUUAUAUCUAUAAGUAUUAAUUUAUAUCUAUAAGAAAAAUCGUUAAUAUACGUAUACUUUUUACAAAUAUGGGAAAAACAUCGAAAGACAAACGUGAUAUAUAUUACAGACGAGCGAAAGAAGAAGGUUGGAGAGCACGUAGUGCAUUUAAAUUAUUACAAAUCGAUAGUGAAUGUUAUAUAUUUGAUGGUGUAAAUAAAGCUGUUGAUUUAUGCGCAGCACCUGGUAGCUGGAGUCAAGUUCUGUCAAGGAAAUUAAGCGAAAAUUACAAAAAGGCAUUGGAAGAAGGUGAAGCGACACCUCCCAAAAUUGUUGCUGUUGAUUUACAAGCAAUGGCACCGCUGGAAGGUGUAAUUCAAAUUCAAGGAGAUAUUACAAAUACUGCUACAGCAAAGCAUAUAAUUGCUCAUUUUGAUAACACGCAAGCUGAUUUAGUUGUAUGCGAUGGAGCACCCGAUGUCACAGGAUUACAUGAUAUGGACAUAUAUAUUCAGUCUCAGCUUCUGUUAGCAGCCUUAAACAUAACGACUCAUAUAUUACGACCUGGAGGAACAUUUGUAGCAAAGAUUUUCAGAGCGAAGGAUGUCUCGUUGUUGUACGCGCAGCUGAAAAUAUUUUUUCCUUAUGUCUAUUGCACCAAACCUAGUAGUUCUCGAAAUUCUAGCAUCGAAGCUUUCGUAGUAUGCAAAAAUUAUUCUCCGCCAGAUGGAUACGAACCUCACAUGUUGAAUCCUCUUCUCACACACGAACCUUGUAAUUUUGAAAAAUUGACGGGAGUUAACAGACUCGUUGUACCAUUUGUCGUAUGUGGAGAUUUGAAUCAACCUGAUUCUGAUACAUGCUAUCCACUGAAUUUUGAAGGAAAAGAAUAUAAAUAUCAUGAGCCAGUACAAAGCCCGAUUGCACCACCUUACGAGGAGGCACUGUCUUUACUUGAGGAUAGAAGUACUGAUUUUCGAAAAGCAGACGUUAGUGUUAUUAUUGAUAACGAUCGUCCAAUAUCUUUAUCUGAAUUUAAAGAACAAGCAAGGCGGAAACAGAAAUGUAUAAUUGAAAAAGUAGAGGAGGAAAAAGCAGAUGAAAAUCAGGAGGACGUGUUGAAUACACUUUCUCUAGACGUAUUACUUAAUUUAAAUAUAUCCAAUGAAAAUAAUGAUUUAGAAAAUAAAUAAAUAAU